AUGGUGGGACUCAUGGCAAACCGUGCCCAGUUUGGGCUCAUCCUUCCUUCCACAAACACCAGUGUGGAGGCCGAGUUUGGUGCCAUGACGGUGCCUGGUGUGUCGUGGCACAGUGGCCGUAUCUUUGUCAACAACCCGGAUCUCAGCACCAGCGAAGCCAUGGAAGAAUUCCUUGUCGACUUACGCAAAGAGAUUGUCCGGGCCGUGCAAAGCGUCUGCCACGCCAAAGUUGACUACCUCGUUAUGGGUAUGUCUGCAGAGACUUUCUGGGGAGGAGCACAGGGUGCUCAGGAGUUCAUCAACUUCAUGUCAGAAACCUCAAACGGCCUUAAGGUCUCGACAGGCGCCGAUUCCUGUCGAGCGGUCAUGAAAGUGUACGGAGCCAAGCGAAUUGGCAUCAUCACCCCUUACCAACCAGUGGGGGAUCAGCAAGUCAUCGACUUCUUCACGCAGAUUGGCUGCGAUGUGGCCGCCCUUCAUGGACUGAAGUGUGCCACUGCAACCUCCAUUUCAGAUGUCCCGGCAGACGAGCUCAAGGACGCAUUUCGAAAGGUGGACGGGCCUGACGUCGAUUUGUUGAUUCAGGCGGGCACGAAUCUUCUGUGCGCGAAAGUAGCUGCCGAGAUGGAAGAAGAACUGGGAAAGCCAGUGAUUGCCAUCAAUACGGCGACUGUGUGGCAUGCUUACCGGACCAACGGCAUCAUGGAUCAAAUCAAGGGCUGGGGAUCUCUACUUGAGAAGCACUGA